UUUGAAAGUGAGCCUUGGGGCUACGGCUGGAGCCUCGUGCACUUGGUUCUUCUUUGUUUCUGUUGUUGUUGUUUUGAUUUGAUUUCAUGGGGACCUUGCAUUACAGGUCCAAGUUAUCUCCAGUUCGUCUUCAACGCCACGCGGUUGCCUUCGGAAGAUUACUACGACUACAUAAUCGUCGGCGGUGGCACCGCCGGCUGCCCCCUGGCCGCCACUCUGUCGAAGUUUUUCCGGGUGCUGGUUAUCGAACGCGGCGGGGUGCCUUACGGGCAGCCGAACUUGAUGACCCAAGACGGCUUUGUCGCCGCUCUCACGGAGGUGGAUGCCUACAACUCCCCGGCGCAGCCAUUCACCUCCGAAGACGGCGUCCGCAACGCCCGCGGCCGUGUUCUCGGCGGCAGCAGUGCCAUCAACGCCGGGUUCUACAGCCGAGCCGAUCAAGAGUUCUUCGCCAAAUCCGGCGUGAAUUGGAACCUAAAGGUGGUGAACCAGUCCUACGAAUGGAUCGAGAACGCCAUGGUGUUCCGUCCGGAGCUAAAGAACUGGCAGUCGACUGUCCGAGACGCGAUGCUGGAAGCGGGAAUCGAUCCUUAUAAUGGGUUCACUCUGGAUCAUUAUUUGGGCACCAAGGUUGGCGGCACAACCUUCGACCCCGCCGGGCUCCGCCACAGCGCCGCCGACCUCCUCAGCUACGCGAAUCCUUCGAAUAUUCGAGUGGCUGUGUAUGCAAGCGUGGAGAGGAUUCUAUUGGCACCUUCUGGGCUCAAACAAUCGGCAAUUGGAGUGCUUUAUCGCGACCAGAUUGGGCAUUUCCACCACGCGAUGGUGCGGGAGAAGGGCGAAGUUUUGAUCUGCGCCGGCGCGCUCGGCAGCCCGCAGCUUCUGCUUCUGAGCGGCAUUGGCCCGAGACCCUACCUUUCGUCAUGGGGCAUUCCGGCGUUUCAUCACUCGCCUUAUGUUGGGCAGUUCAUAUUUGAUAAUCCCAGAACUGGCAUUUCAAUUGUGCCUCCAACCCCAUUGGAGCAUUCUCUCAUACAGGUGGUGGGAAUUACAAACUCGGGUGCUUACAUCGAAGCAGCCUCCAAUGUCGUACCUUUCGCAUCUCCGCCGCAGUCUCUCACUGUGGCCACCGUCAUGGUGAAGAUCGCCGGCCCGCUCUCGGCCGGUUUGCUCCGGUUGGCCUCGACGGAUGUUCGCGCUAACCCAAUUGUGCGGUUCAACUACUUCAGCCACCGGGGAGAUUUGGAGCGGUGCGUUAAGGGGUCGCGCAAGAUUGGGGAGGUGUUGAGGAGCCGAUCGAUGGAGGAAUUCAAGCUGCGGGAUUGGUUCGGGAACCGAGAUUUCAGAUAUGUGGGGCCGGGAUUGCCGGUCGAUCAGGCAAACGAUGUGGUGAUGGGAGAGUUCUGCCGGCGAACGGUGAGGACGAUCUGGCACUACCACGGCGGGUGCGUUGUUGGGAAGGUGGUGGAUCGGCGGUUCAAGGUGAUUGGGAUGGAUGGGCUCCGAGUGGUGGACGGUUCCACCUUCUCUGUGUCCCCGGGAACCAAUCCUCAGGCGACGGUUUUGAUGCUUGGACGGUACAUGGGAAUGAAGAUAAUCAGAGAGAGAAUGAGAUAGUAACUGUUAGCUUAUGUGUUACCGUGCUGUUAUAGUUUCAUAUCUAAACUCUCAAAGAUGAAAACAAAAAAUAAGAUGUGAAUGUAUGAAAG